AGCUCAAUUUGAGAGAGCGAAGUGGAUCUUUCAACUCUAAAAAUCUUGUCAGAUUUUGUGGUCUCUGCAGUAAAAGGUGCACAUCCGAUUCCACAAUGAUUGCCCUUGACUUGUACGAGCCCCAGGUCUUGGCUCUUGUUGUCUUUGCUAGCUUCUUGGGCAUGUCAGCCCUUGUCUACAUCAUCUCCAUCCUUACCUUCAAGGAGAAGACCUAUGAGGAAGCUAUUGCCGAACAACGUGCACAACUCAGCAAAGAACAGCAACAGCAGCAACAACAGCGUGAUCAGAAGCACAAACGUCGCCAAGUUUUCACACGCAAGAAGAAAGAGAAGGGAGAGAAUAAUGUCGCAAACCAAUCGCCGCCACCAUCUCCUCCUCAGCCCAAGCCAGUGGAAGAGGUAAUCAAACCGAAGGUAGAGCAGCAAGUAGCUGCAGCACCACCACCUGCUCCACAACAGAAGGCUAAAUCUCCCAAACAGGGCAAGCAACAAAAGGCAGCCCAGCAGCAGCAGCAGCAGCAACAGCAGCAGCAGCAGCCACCCAAGGCGAAAGAGUCUGCUAAGAAUGCCCCUGCUCCAGUCAAGGAGGCACCUGCUAAGAAAGCUCAGAAGGAGACCCCUAAGGAGGCUCCGGUGAAGGAAGCGCCAAUCCAGAAGGCAGCUGCCGCAAAUACCAAAGCAGCUCCUCCACCAGCCAAGACCCCUUCACCGAAAACAACUCAGAAGUCCACUCCAAAGCCUGCCCCGAAACAAAAGCAAGUUGAGGAGAAGGUCCAGAAGAAGGAAGCUGUGGUUGUCGCUCAGAAGGCUCCUGUGUCUCAGACGGCCCCGCCACCUGCAAAGAAGGAGACGAGCGUUCCACUGAAGAAGGAGGCAAGUUCUCCAGCGAAGUCGAAGGGCAAGGGAUCUCGAGGUGUGGCAGCAUCGGGUGACAAAGGAUCUGGACCUGCAGGGGACACAGCAGUUGACACCGGUGCCAUGAAGGCCAAGAAUCUGACUGCAAUGCUGAAGGCUGCGUCUCUGUCCAACAAGGAAGUCCAGCAACUUGUAGAAGUACUUCUAAACAAGAACGGUGGAUCUGCCGCAGCAGCCUCUACUUCCGAAAACUGGGUCAAGGCUAACCAGCGUGAUCCCAUGCAGGCCAUGAAGAAACAACUCCAGGAGAAGGAGCAGGCAUUGCACAAUGAGAUGCUCCUGGCCCAGUCAUCAUCCCAGAAGGUCAAGGAGCUACGUGUUGAGCUGAAUCAAGAGAAAGGAAGCAGGCUGCAAAUUGAGUCUCGCUACAAGGAGAAAGUACAGAACCAGGCCAGAGAGAUUGAGGCAUUCAAAGUCAGAAUGCAGCAGAGUCAUGACGGUCACGCUCGGGAAACUCAAAAUCUUCAAACCCGUAUUAAGCAGAUGGAGAGUCGAACUGAUAACACCAGCUUGGAGGCACUCAAACAAGAGAAUGCUCGACUCAAGGCAGAGGCUACUCGCAAUGCACAACACUUCCAGAAUGAAAUGCAGAAGAUCAAGAGUCAAGCCUCCAACAAUGAGAGCCACAUGAGACAGAGUGAGGAGCAACGACGUAACUUGGAGACCAAGAGAGCUCAGCUCGAGCAACAGCUCAAGAUGUUCGAGGCAGGACAAGCUGGACAGCGUGAGAACGAGACUGCCCUUUCCAAGCGUCUUAGCGAGGUGUCCGAGGAGCUCCGUAAAGCCGAGUCUCGUUUCCAGACAGCAACUCGUGACGGAGACAAGGCCAAGGAGAUGUUUGUGUCUCUGACCAAGGAGAGCGAGACGCUGAAGUCACAACUGCAGGAUGUGUAUCGCUUGGACAGUGAGAAGAGCACUCAGAUGGCUACCAUGGAGGCACGAGUCAGGGACGCAGAGAAGCAGAAGGCGACUCUAGAGAGCGUCGUGAACGACUCAAAGGGAAAACUGGGUGAUGCUGAGAGACUUAGCUCGCAGAAGGACAAAGAAAUCAAGAACCUUAAGGAUGCUAAAUCAUCGCUGGCAUCGCAGCUAGAGACAAAGACCAAGGAGUUGAGCCUAGCAAUGGAAGCCAACAAACCCAACGGAAACAUGGCUCCUGAGGGAUCCAAAGAAGACACCAUCUCAAAGAAGGACCAUGAAAACAUUGUGAAUGAGAAGGAGAAAGCACUGGCCACCCUACAGCAACAAGUCUCAGCCAGUAAGAAGGAACUGGAGUCUACUAAACAAACGGUAGAACAGCAAAAACAAAGAAAUAAUAAACUUCAGGAGAAAAAUUGGAAAGCCAUGGAGGCACUCGCAGCCGCCGAAAAAACUAGCUCGGAAAAAGUGUCAAAGGCUGUGACAGACCAGAAGGAGGAGCUCAAUGCAAGUUUAUUCAAGGAGCAGGAGACGUCCAGGAAAUAUCUGACUAAGAUAUUCCCAGAUAUCAGUGUAAAAGAGGGUCUUGCACACAAAGACUGGAUGUCGCAGUUUGAGAAAAAUGCUUUGAAUUAUCUUGCCGUACAGAAAGCGUCCUCGGGGUUGGAGGUAACAGAGUUGUCUUCCAAGUUGUCCGGAUUGGAAGAUGAGAAAACUAAGCUAGUUAGCCAGUGUCAGCAUUAUAAAUCAGUCCUAAGUGAUACGGAAGGAAUCUUAAACAAACUUCAAAGCAGCGUAGAAUCAGAGGAGAAGAAAUGGCAAGACAAGAUGUCCAUCAAGGAUACAGCUUUGGCCCAGGCCAAAAGAGAACUUGCCUCAGUGCAGGAACAACAAAAAGAUGUGGAGGGAUUGAAAAAGGCAUCAGCUGAGAAGGAAGCCUUGUCUGCUGAGCUGGAGAAGGCCAAGACCAGCAUCAGUCAGAUGGAGAAGGAGCGAUCAGCGUCUUCUGCCGAGUACGAGUCCACAUGCCGUGAACUCAAAGAUGUACAGAAUCAACUCAGGCAACUCAUGGAGGAGUUAAACACAGCCAACAAGAGAGCCGAGAAUAGCGUCAGCUCCGACGAAGUCCAAAAGGUUAAGACCGCCCUCGCCAACGAACAGGAACAGGCUCAGAAACUUUCCACUGACCUGGACAAAGCCAACAGUACCAUCGAGCAACUCCGCAAGUCCUCCAGCAGCUUGAAGGACAUUCUUCAGGAGGAGGUCAGGUCCCUCCAAUCCUCCUCAGAGAAGCUCCAGACGGAACUGGCCGGCACCAAGCAAAGCCUUGAGACGGCUGAGCAGAGGUUUGCUCAGUCUUCGUCUCAGCUGCAGUCAGCUCAACAGGGGCUUCUCCAGUCCAAAGCUGAAGUCGAGGAGACCAAGAAGGAGCUUCUCCAAUCCAAAUCAGAAGUCCAGGAGGCUCAGAAGCAGCUGCUCCAGUCAAGAUCAGAAGUCGAGGAGGCUCAGCAGCAGUCCAGAUCGGAAGUCGAGGAGGCCCAGAAGGAGUUGCUCAAGUCCAAAUCAGAAGUGGAAGAGGCUCAGCAGAAAUCCAGAUCGGAAGUCCAGGAAGCUCAGCAGGGGCUUCUCCAGUCAAAAUCGGAAGUCGAGGAGCUUCAGGCCAGCCUGGGGAGAACUCAAGAGUCUUUACAAGCAGCUACUAAGGAGAAGCAGGUUCUGGAGCUCACCAUAUCCUCACUGAGAGAAGAUGUGGAGGCGGCGAAGAAGGUGCCUGUAGAGACUGCCGAGUCGACAGAGACUGCCGAGUCGACAGGGACUGCCGAGUCGACAGGGACUGCCGAGUCGACAGAAAGCAAUGAGGAAGAGGUUAAGACUCUAAAGGAAGCCCUACAGAAAGAGAAGGGUCUGACUAAGGACCUUGGCAUGGCCGCAGGCAAACUCCAGGCCAUGCUGAAGAAGACUCAGGCACUGUAUGCAGCUGAGAAGAAAGCUACGUCAGAACUCAAAGCCAAAGCUGGUAUUACGGAUGAGCAAGCAGAGAUAAGUAGUGCACUGACAGACAGCCAAGUAGAGCUCCAACUGUUAGAUGCCGCUGACGAGGAGGAGGCAAAUGGUAAACCAGCAGCGGCCAAGCCCGCAGAGACUGCCGGCGGGACAUCGGUGUAACAUACAAAGGUACUCCAACGACAGAGUGACAUCGAAGGCCUUCCAGUUUAGUGUAACAUAAAACCAUCGUCCAUUGUUGUAUCUUCUUUUAAAAAUGCCGUCAAUGAAUUAAAGUUUAGAAUAUCAGAUUUAAAAAACGAUCGUGUAUUUUUUAUGUGCAAGAAGCUGAGGGAUGUGUGCUGGAAAUCUCAAAAUCCUUGAUGGAAUCUUUUGAAAGGUUUAUCCGGAGAAACGAAAAAAGUAAAGUCAAAUUAUGUAUUAUAAUUCACUUUGUAUGAAGGAAAAUAUUGAUAAGGUGUCAUUAUGACCUUGGUUGUGACCUUGGUUAUGAUCCUGUGACCUUGGUUAUGACCUUUGUUGAAAGGUCAUAGGUCAUGGUGGGAGUGUUUAUUCGUGAAAGCAAGUGAUUAUUAAGGGCGGUUUUAUUUGAAAUGUUUCUGUUUGAUUUUGAGUUGUUUUGACCAUUCAAUGCAAAGUUUUUUGUUUUCUUUUUUGCUUCUUUGCCCUAAUUAAAAGUAAGAUGUUUUUAUCAGGUACCGGCGGGACAAUUUUCUCGGUUGGGGUUUAUUGCCAGAUUCUAAGAGAUCUACCCAGAUAUUGUCCGAUCUGUAUCUUUGUAAUGACAACUUUCCCCGAAGAGCUUGUCAUAUCAGCCUAUCAAAAAAUUACAAAAAAGGAAAUAACAGAAAGAAUUUCUCAGAUGGGUUUGGGAGAUCUAUCCGGACAUUGUCCGAUCUGGAUUUUUGUAAUGACAAGUUUCCCCGAAGAGCUUGUCAUAUGAGGCUAUCAAAAAACACAAACGGGAAAUAUCAGAAAGAGUUUCUCAGGGGAAAGUUCCAUCAGUUCAAGAUUGACGUACUUGUGUAAUAAGUCAGACUGCUGGCAGGAUGUGAGGGGAAAAACCCUGUUAAUGUGUCACCUUGCUAUAGAUAGAUUGGUUUGAUUGAUUGAGGAAUGGUACAAUUGCUUAGCGUUUGGUCGAGGAAAUAGUCCUCUCGCCAGGAAGUUGGUCCGUCCAAUUCAUGCGCCGAUAAAAAAAACAUCGUCCAAUUCAUGCGCCGAAAAAACCCCACAACUCUCAGUGAAUGUAAAAACAAAUCUUGUGUUACUGUUUGACCAUAACACCAUGUGAUACUGUAUCUACCUUGAUGUGUGGCCUAUUUUGACGUGUCCUGCUGCUUAUCUACUGCCGCUGAGUAAACUGGGAACUGGGAGACUAUCAAAGUUCAAAUAAGAAUUUGUCAUGUUGUAAUACCAGAGACAUGAUAUUCUUUCUACUGAAGUUUGAUUGCUGACUUGUUUUGCCUGUCAAAAAAUAUCAGCAAAACUGUUUUAAAAUAGCCUGAAAGUCUAUUAGCCCUUGUGUACUCAACCAAGUUGUCCUACUUUUUUCCACGGACCUAGUAUCAUGCUUGAUAUCUACUGCCGUCGUGUAGAUUUUUAAAUUUGGAAUCUAACAAUCCUUCAAAAAUAUUGAUGCUCCGCCUGGCCUAUACGGAUGCCUUCUUGCCCCUGGUCAUUUGCCUUGGUGCCCCUGGAAAUGUUCCAAAAUAAGCUUUCAAUUUCCUUAUAGAGGUGCUCUUUCAGAGGAGACGACGCCUUCGUUGCCCCUGGUCAUUGCCUUGGUGCCUUUGAAAUGUUCAAACAGAAGUUUACCAUUUCUUCACAGAGAUGCCUGUUACCCCAAAAAGAAAACGCCUUGGUGCCCUUGCCCUUUCAAAAACAAAGCAUCAAUUCUGCCAUGCCAUGCCUCAAAUCACAAAUCAAACUUUCUAUUAUAAUGUUCAAAUCUGUCAUUUUUGUCACAUAUUUAUCAGUGGAUCAAAUCAUUCUAUUUAAAAGGUUUUGUCAAAGACCCUUCUUUGGAGUUGAGGUUAACGACCAAAAUAUAUGUAGUAGCAGUAAAACCUGAAAAAAAUAAGUUGCAAUUUUCUCCUUUAUGCCAUCUACUUAAUUGAUUCCUCCUCCCUCCUUAAUAACGUUAUGUUCAGAGUUAUUAUAAUAACUAUUUUUUUCUCCAUGUAUCCUGUUUUAUAUAAAUAAAUAAUGCUUGUAAAUAAGACCAAACAAAAAAAUUAAUGCAUGCCAUUGUUUCACGUCUGACCACAAGAUAAAGCCGCGUCCGAACUGCUGGCUAUGGCUGUUGCUAAGGGUGUUGCUGUGAGCCAUCCUAUGCUCCAGCACUUGUUGGCAUGACGAUGAAGCCACAGCCAUUAAUUCGGACACGGCUUUGUUAUGAAUAUGCCAGUUAUGGAGAACUAUACAUUUUUUAUACUACAUGUUGUGUGUGUAACAUGCAUUAGAUUUGAUAAGGCAAGCAGGGGUGCGUUUGGGCUGUCAUAACAAAUGGUCGGUUGAACUGACUAUUGGUCAAUCACUGGCCAAUGAAGGAAACAGUUAUCGGAGUAUGACAGCCAAAACCAACCCCAGAGUGGACGGGAUUAUGUAUGUUGCUUGCCUGCGUAUUUGUAUCCGUUUAAACAUUCCAUCGUAGUUGAUACAUGGUUUAGAGUAUAAUAAGCUCAGCAAAUAGAAAUUGUAGGACAGGAAACCUAACAGUUAAGUCUACUGUUCUGAAAAGCUGCAUUCUCGGAACUUAAAAAAAAAUCCAACAUGAUUGGACAUUAUUAAUUUAUACAAAAUAAAGUAGAAUUAGUAGCAAUGUAUAAUCGAUUACAAGUGGGUUCUGAAUUUACAUCAAUGGAUCAUAUUUGCUGGUCUUUAAAAACUGUUAUUCGCACUGUAUACACAGAAAGAUAACAAAAUAACCAGCCAAAUAACAAACAAACAUUAAACCUUGUGAACACUUGUCUUGAAAUAUAAAUACUGAAGUUUAAAAAGCUACGCUCAAUUUUAAAAGUUGACAAAAAUAGUGCUUGGUAAAUUUGUCAAGACUCACAGGUAGCAUGUCUCUAGCAGCAAACAUAACAGUCAUAUUUAUCAUUGGUAAACAAGGAUUAAGUUGGCAUGCUUCGUAGCUCUAUGAACUUGUUGAUCACCUUGUUUUAACUAUUAAGCAUUUGGACUACCACCCAUCCCAUUUUAUUUUAAUUUUCUUUCCCUUUUUUUUCUCAAGUUCUUUUCUGGACACAUGUUAUUCAUAAUUCACAUUUUUAAUUGAUAAUUUUUCUUUUCUUUAUUAAGUUCUCUAGAUGAAAUUAAUUAUUACAAAACAGGGUGGUAAUGUAUUUAAAGCAUAGAAAUUAGUAAUUCAAUGAUGUUAUGUUACUCUCUGUAUUGUGUCAGGUUAAAACAUGGCCUAAAAUGAAUGAAUUCGCACCAGCAAAAUUUUGAUUCCUCGAUCAAGUACACACAAAUUUUGGCCAUACUUUUUGGUUGAUUGUUUGGGUUGAACAAAGAAUUGACUAGAGUGGGAUUCGAACCAACGACCUACGGAUUAACGUGCCGGCGCUCUACCAACUCAGCUAUUUGACUGAAAGAGAAACCAGAAAAACAGAAACACACAGCAGAGAAAAAAAGAGUCAAUGUUGUUGUUUCUUGUUAAAUUAAAGAUAGAUCGAGGCACAAAGCUGUACUCGGAAAUUCCCUAAAACCUUCAUGUUGGUUGAAGUUCCAGGUAUCUGAAAGGGAAGGAACUUCAUGGGUCAUAAUGGACGCUGAGUUCAAGGCACUGUGUAGUCAUAAUUAUAAUGUACUGCUUUUUUGUUGUUUGUGUAAUUGCAGGCAUUUUUUAAAACAAUGAAUGUGUCCAGUCAUAAGUACAACGGCAAAACACUGGAUGUACAUGUAAAGUGGUACCUCAAUAGACCCAUUUCAAAACGCUCAGCGCACUUGCACGCGCCUCUGCUGUCUGCCAUUUUGGGUGUCAAAAACACGCACAAAAGAAUGUGUUUACGCACCUCCGAACAAUGUGCGUCUUCAAUUUCUGCCUUGUUGGUGGAGUCCAUUCCUUUUGUGCACAUUUCGACACACAAAUUGGCAAACAGGAGACGCACAUGUAUGUGCGCUGCGCAUGGGCUAUAGGGUCUACUCAUCUGUUUUUGUUUUAAGUGGAAAAACCUUGAUAAGAAAGUACACAUAAUGGAGUCAUAGUAUUAGGGUAGCAAUGUAAGGGAUAAACUUUAAAACAAUUUAUAAUAGCUGUAUUUACAUAGCGCCUAACACCUUACAAACUUCAGCAUUAGUUCAUAAUGGCAUGUUAAGAGUUAGAGACUUGUACUUUGCAAUUUUGCAUUUCUAAAAACUCUUGUCCCCCCAAAAAAGAGAAGGAAAUACAUGUAAUAUAUUGCUUUUUAAGGUUAUUAUGAGCUCUGUGGAACAUUAGGUGAAUUGGAUUGUUUUCAGAAAUGAUUGUUUAUUAUUUCUGUGCUGUUCUGCUCAACGACCUUUUUGACCUUUGCCAUCACAUGUUUACUCAAGAGCCCCAAAGCCUGGACUUCCUGCUGGCACGUCUAGUACACAGCUUGGUGAAAUAAAAAAAAGACACAUUUGACAUUUUUCUCAUCUGAAUCGCAACGACUUUUGACAUCAAGAAAAAGAUUGGCUCUCAAAAUAUUUCCUUCUGUUUUUGUUGUUGCUUGUUUCAAUUCUAGAUUGUAUGUGGAAAGUAUGACAUAAAAAAAAGGAAAAUGUCAACUUACAACCAGUGUACUAUCUUGCCUGCCAGGAAAGGCCCUGGAAUUCAGAAGGUCACUCUCAUGUUUAACAAAGUGACAUGGUCUAUAUUUUAACUAUUCUAAUGAAUUUAUAAAUCUCACUGAUUGGAACUCGCUUAACAGCCUUGUGUAUACUUGCUGGUCGUAAUUAUAUUAAGAAUAAUUUCAGAAUAAUAACUCUGGAAUUGGAUGGAAGACCAUUGUUGAUUUAUGUACCCAUAUCCAAUGAAAUAAAAGCGGUCAUUGUCACUGACUUGAAGGUAA